AUGGCACCUCGGAAAGGUGAGGAUUCCUCACGCCGGACAGAGUCGCGGAGUCUCCAACCACUCCGCCCAAAUGCAAUCUCAAAAUCUGCACAAUCGGCAGCCAGCAAACGCCGUCCGGGUCGUCGAUUGAAACACUCUCGCGAUACUCCUUCGCAAUCUCGGUCCCCCCUUACAGGUUCAUCCGCAUCGCCCAGCGUGGCUCCUCCAGUACGUCGGCGCGCCCUCUGUAUGCUGGAAGUACUGCCCGUCGAGGUUAUCGAGCUGAUCUUCCUUUACUCGCUGAACCUCAACCUUCCUCGCGCGUCGCCGGUGCUUGCUGCAGCGAUUUCCCGAGAACACAUCUAUGGCCUCCUCAUCAUUCUUGCCUGUUGGGAUGACCCGCCGACCGACAACCCUUUCAGCAAGGCCAUGGCCGCGAUCCUCGCGCCGUUGGACUAUGUGCCUCUCACACUCGACGAGCGCUCUCGCCUCCAGGAAGCGGUCUUCCGUUGCCGAUGGUGCACCAUGCAGCGUGUCCGGGAGCAAAUCCCGAAGAUGAUGAUUCUCACUCUCCACCGCCAUUGGAUUAACGCGGGGAUGGUGAUGAAACCCGACCAGCAGGCUACACUGGAUCGGUUCAUGACGCGGCAAGAGGGCAACAAGUCGCUCGUUCUCGAAGGCAAAGGGAAGCCGCUUCAUCGAUUUGCGGAACUUCUCAGCCAGCAAUCUCCGCAAAUCGCCCGAAUGGCCCAACUCCCCGGCCCGCACGACUACGAGCUCCAUAUCAAACCCAAUGUUCUGGUUGAACUACGCUCGCUGACCUGGAAAACGAGUAUUGUGUGGCCGGCCAUUCAGCUCCAUGCCUUCCCGCCACGUCUUCUUCGGGGGCGCAGCGGCGGCUUCACGGCCGACGAUGUCACUUUCCUUGAAAUGUUGCGCCUGUGUUCCAACAACUUUUGGACGCGCUCCAGUCAGCUUCGUCCAGACUCCCAGACCCUCGUCGACCGCACCGCACUGCACCAGGGAGUGACGAAUGCGAUCCGCACUUCUAACUUAAACGCGAUGACCUCGCUUCUUAAAAUAGACGAGUUUACCUAUCGCUUCGGGAGCCAUAAUGACGGCCGCGCCACCUACUAUACAAUUCCUUCCGAUCAUUUUCUGACGGUGACCCGUUCGGGUCGCGACAAUCCACAUCUGAAUCAGGCGUUCUUCGAGGCUCUUAUCCGCGCCAGUGCAGAAUCGAUCCCAGCCCAUUCUCCUGAGAUCACGCAGUGGUGCGUAGAAAACAUGCAACUUGGGGAGCAAAAUCCGCCCAAGUACUCCGAUAUCAAUGGCCGAUUUGCCAAGUGGCUCUCUGAUUUCAUUCUGCGAUUGCCGGCGCAGAUAGACUAUGCACAUAAUACCCCGAGCGCGCAGCUGUUCUACUGCGGCCAGCUUGAUGUCAUGGACCUUGAGGGCUGUCGCUUCUUGGACGAAGUGCUCAGUCCUUGUCGUGAGCCUUUGAUGGACUAUAUGGAUGAAAGCUCGUUCCACCCGGAGCACUUUUGGGUAGACAAACAGGGAAACGAGCCUUCGUAA